UUCGGAAUGAACAGCGUUGUUGUUUUAAAGCUUUGGUGAGUAUUGUCUGUCUGGAUGUAGAAUACAGUGCAAUUAAUUUGUGCUUUUGGAUUUGAAAACAUUGACAUGUUUUCGGUAAAGAUACACAUUGUGUUUUUGUUUUGUCAAGGCGACGUCAAACCGAAAAUCGAGAACAUUAAUGAUAAGUCGCUUAACUUGGCUUUCCUUUAAUAAUUCAGAUAAGUUAUUAUUUUUUUUUGUCGUCUCGGAAUCCAAUUAUGUAUUUGAUAAAUCUGAUAUUCACUCCGUAUAAUUUUGUUCUUUUAUUUCUAAGCUACAUUUAGUUACACGGGUGAAUCAUCAGGAAAGCCACGUUGUUUACUUGAUCUAAAUUUAUCAAUUACGAUAUAAAGAUUAGUCCGAGAUCUUGUUCCCGAAACUUUUAAACAGGAAAAAUUAAUUCCUAGUUAGUUUGCGCUGUUCUGUUCAGUAAUUUCACGGUGCGAAAUUCGUGUUGAAGUCAUUCUUGGGUCAAUAAUAAUAUUUCAUGUUUUUAUUGUUAACAGUAACUAAUUUUAUACGAGGUAUUCAUAUGUUGAGGAAAUUUACAUGAGAUUACAAACAUUCUUGCCAUGACUCGUAAAGACAAUGCGGAACAUUAGUAAGACUUUCUUGCUGUUUAAAAGGACGCAAAUUGGCUAGAAUACUAGCCUUUUGAUUUAAAACGAUGAAUGAAAAAUAUAUAAGCUCGCGACAGCUUGAUAGGAACUAUAAUUUGUGUUUUUUUUGUUUUUUAGCAAUUGUCAUAUUGGCCUCUAGGAUAUAUCUCAAUUUACAGGUGCAAGCCAUGUCUGCGAUCUGAACUGAAUUUUGUUUUGUAAAGUUGCCUUUUUGAAAAAUCUCUAAUUAUAACAUGCCUCCAAAAAGAGUUAAAUCUCGUUGCUAAUAGAAUAAACUGGAAGAGAAACUAUGUGCAAUAUUUCAUGUGCAUUAUUAUUGUUUUAUGCAAAUAUUGAUUUACCCUCAACUUUAAGCUCCAACACGAUAUAUUAACAACUUUGAAGCUUGUUACAUAACCACUGUAUGCAGGUAACCAAAUGGAAGCUUAUUUAAAACUUUUCCUUCUUGUCUUUGUGAUCAAAAUGGCCUCAGUAAGGAGUUUUGAAUAUCACCUACAUAUGUAUUACCAAGGCAAUAAUGAUGUCACCUUUUAUCAAGAUAAAAUCUUUAUGAAAGUCCAGAUGAUCAACAUAGGCUGUGCUUUCUAUAGCUUUCUUGUAUGACAAAAUACUGUAGGAAGUAUACUGGUAUAAAUUACUGGGCCAUCUAUGUAAGCAGCAAAUAUAUGCACAUGCUCAUGAACUAAUCCUGAUGAGCGCAGAACUAAAGAUCUAUUAAUAAUAAUAUGCACCUUUGGGGUUGUCAGUUAUUUAGUGGUUUUUGUAGAUGUAACUGCUGGGUUUUUGUUGAAUUUUUAAAAUAAGCUUUUUUUCACCUUAACUUAUUGUUAUAGCCUCAACCCAAAUGUUUGCAUCAUGAAUCUUUAUUAGUAGCAUGUGCUAUCAAAGAAAACCAUCCCAAAUAGAAAGAAUAGAUUCCAUGUUGCUGUGCAUCUUUAUAGUAACUAAACCCCAACAGGCAACUGAUAUGUCAGCUGAUAACUUAGCCACAGCUGAGAGAUUGUCCAAAAAACAGGGAAAAAUGUCAAAUAUUGAGAACAAUGUCUCUUCCAAGGACAUUAUCAGCCAACAUACCAGAAAGCCAGAAAGGGGUUUAUAUAUUUUAUAACCUUCCCAUUAAUUUUCAUCUCGAGGGUCCAAGACUCAGACCAGACCAACAUUUAAGGUCAUGAAAUAACUGAGAAGAAUAUGCUUUAUGACGUCCGCAAAUGGUAUCUUCUCUGUACUGGUUAGCAGUCAGGACAUUGAAGAACCCAUUCACUUCUCACAAAGAAUAGGGAACAUUGCUCUUGGUGUUGUGGUCUGGCCUUGUUGAUGUUUAAACAGGCCUCCAUUUAAACUUGCUUUAGAGCUGGAUAAGGCCAGACUUUCUAUAAUAUUGCAUUUAUUUAAAUAAAUAAAUGAUUGUUGUUAAAAUUAGGACCAAACUGUAAGGUUAAAAUUAUGUUUAAAACUCUUGAAAUGUUGGGGUACUUUUCUGUUCUUCAGGUAAUGACCAUUAGGCAAAAGAUUCAUGAUGGUGGUCUUCGCUGAUCUCCAAAUAGAAAUUUGAAGCUGAUGGACUCAAGUAGAAGUCUAGACAUGCACAUUGGUAGUAGUGAUGUGAAGGAUAUUCCAGUGCAGGGUCUGAUAGAUGGAGCUGAUGAACAACUGCACCUGCCAACUGAACAUGGUGAGGAUUUGGAUCAUCUGCUCAUGUCAUGUUUUCGGAGACUAGAUUUUAACCUUUAAUAUGGGGGCUGAAAAUUAUCCCCUUUACAACCUCGAGUGUGUAAAAGGAAUUUCUGCCUACAGUAUUGAUAAAUUUUCCAAGCAGAAAGGUGAUGAGAAUGAUAAAUUCUUAUUAACCCAGGGUGAGGGCAGUACUGGAGAUUAUUACCCAACUGCAGAAAGUAGAGUACAAAUUUUUGCAAAUAGUGUACAAAUAUCCUGCAAUGUUGUAUGGUUAUUUGAACAGUUGGUUAUUUUGUACUGUAAAAAACCUGUUUAAUCUGUUACACUCUAAGCUGAGUGUAACAGAUUAAAGCUCGGUUGAACUCUUGAAAGAGUUCAAGAGUUUCAAGAGUUUAAAGCUCAGUUAGCUCAGUUGGUAGAGUGCUGCACCGGUAUCGCAGAGGUCAUGGGUUCAAAUCCCGUACAGGCCUGAAUUUUUUUCAGGCCUUAUUUUCACUACUGCCUAAGUAGUGCACAUUACUGCGAGGUUCACUUUCAUUCACGUCUUUAUCCGCAGUUCAAAUAUAUGACUUUCAUAUAUUCUUAACCAUUUAUUCAUCACUUCAUGGGUUUAUUUAGAACCAACUUCAUGACCAGCUCUCAGUUGGCUUGUUAGCUCAGUUGGUAGAGUGCUGCACCAGUAUCGCAGAGGUCAUGGGUUCAAAUCCCGUACAGGCCUGAAUUUUUUUCAGGCCUUAUUUUCACUACUGCCUAAGUAGUGCACAUUACUGCGAGGUUCACUUUCAUUCACAUACUUUUCUUUAUACAUUUCCAUUAUAUAUACAUUUAUACAUUUUACAUUUUUAUACAGAAUUUAUUCGCAAAUCUAAAGAUUCCUUCCUUGAUGACCAUUUUGUUUAUUCUCAUUACCUUAAUGUAUGAUUCAGGAGUGAUACUGUAGGGAGAAAUUAGAUGGUAGUCACUGUUAGGAUUUAAAGGGUUAACCAGUUGGCUGCAUACACUAUGCUUCUCCAUCUGCUUUGCUUUUCCCACCUUAUGAGAAAUGAAAAAAAAGACUUAGCAGAAAAAAAAGGAGUUGGAUAAUAAACAACUUCUGAGAGUUUUUGGUGUGUAGUAUCGCUGAGUAUUUUUACUUAUUGUUUGUAUUUGGACUCGCACUAGGGGCUCGUAAAAAUACAGCACAACUCAUUUAAAUUCUCAGUGAUAUAGUAUAUUUUAUGUUGGCCUAAGGUUGUGGUAGUAUGGGGCAAGCACAGCGAGGUCCAUAUGAAAACAACAGAGGGUUGAUAUUCCCCACUAUGGCUCAAGCAAGUGAACUUAGUAAGUUCCUUAUUAUAUGGCAAUCAGAGCAAACUUGUUUAUUUUGAAUUUGUUUGCUUUUGUGAACUAAAAUACACUGCCCAUGACCAUUUCCAUGGAAAUGGUUAGUACUCAUCAGAAUGCGUAAAUUUAUAUCAAGACUACCUUGCUAUACAUUGAUGAAAAACAUCACUUGAAGGAUAUUUGAUUUAAUACUAAAUUCUCAGGGCUGAAAUUAUAAGAAAUGGUUGGUAAACAGUAUAGAGAAUUGAUAUGUGGAUCUGGGAAGAGAAAGAGUUUCAGCAACCAAAUAGACAGCCUUUAUUCCAAAAUCCAACUAAAGUUUCUUAAUAAACCAGCUGUUAUUUCUGCCCAAAAAAAAAGAGAGAAAUUAGUUUUGAUAAAAAUCGAGACAUUGAUGGCACCAAGCCAAGCUUCAUGAUCAAAUUGAAUGCUUCAUGAAAAAUUCAGGAACUUGACAAAAAUACAAUUCUUCCAAUUUUAGUUUUGUUUUCACUUUGUAGGAAUGGUUGAAUUAAUGGUGUCUGAUCCAGAGGAUGACUUAUCCCUUGGCACUGAUGCACAGAUCUUUUACAAGGACAAAAUACCACAAACCUCACCUGGAGGCUCAAGCAAAUCUGCUGGGUAAGUGAAUGUGUCAUAACCCUUCUGUGGAGUUGGGGUGGGUUCAUUAACCCUUUAACUCCCAGAAGUGAUUAACAGGUAACUUCUCCCAAUAAUAUCCAUACAUUAUCCAGCAAACAGGUAAUGAGAAUACUGAAACUUAUCAGGUAGAAGUUGUUAUCUUGAUCUAACACCAAAUUCUCAUAAGUUCUUUUCAAAGAGAUGUGUAGCAGGUAGAGGGGAGUAAUAAUAAGGAGAUCUUGGGAGUUGAAGCCGGUUAAGUUUUGUGGCUCUGUGAAUUUGAAUAAAAAGCACUUUAAAAACCAUCAGUGGAUAGUUUUUUUGUAAUUGGUUGUAACCAUGGAUGUGUUGUUUUUUGCUUUUUUCACAAGGUGCUUUUUUGAAUCAUCUAGUGAUAGCACAGGGCCCCCAGGAAGAAACAGAGAGUCUAGAAAACUUUGUAACAUUGGAAGAGCCAACAGUUCAGACAGCAUUUUGUCAAAUGUUUCUGAUUUCAGUCGGUAAGUGUUGCCAUAUAAUCUUUAAUAGUCUUCAUUACUACCCUGAAAUUAGCCCUUUACACCUUGACAUCAGAAUUCACAUUCUCUAUACCACUCUCUAUACUUUUCCUAAGGAGCCUGGAAGGAGAAUUUGUCUAAUGAUCAAGAGCUUCUUCAGUUGGUGAUCAUUUCCUUUAUUCUCCUGACCUUUGGGUUUGAUUUAGGGAUGAGGAGGUUGUAAGGGAUGAGGGAUAAACAGAAAUUAGAUGCUUGUCAUUCUUUGGGGAAAAGGAUUAAGAAGCAGUAACUAAAGUGAAUCAAUAUCAGUAUCUGGGCAACUGCUCACCUACCCCUCCCCUAACCCAACAUUAACCCUAACUUGUUAUCAACUGACUGUUGUUGGGUUAAGGGAGGGGUGGGUGGGCAGUUACCUAGAUACUGAUAUUAAUCCACUAAAGCUAACUGGUCUAUUGCCCCUUUUUCGUGGUCAAAUUUAUUGCUUCUUUGAUUCUUUAUUUCUUUCCCUCUCUUCAAGACACAACAAGAGAGUUGUUGUGUAGUUACCACAUCACCUCCCAUUCAACCCACCCUAACAAAAUUAAUUUCAAAUGCAGGUAUUUGAGAUUAGGGUGGAAGCUUCCUGUUCGCAGCAAAUUAUUUUUUAGGCAUCCAAAGUGUAACUUCAUCUCUCAAAGAUAAGUCAGCUUAAUUGAAUGCAAGGACGUUUGUAUCUGGUAUGUACGCAGAUUAAAAACUGACAAAUAAAGAUUGAACUUCAUCGGAUUUCUGACUAAGCAAAAUGCCUCGUUUUAAGCGAGUAUUCACUUCAGUGGCCUUGUAGCGGUUAAGUUGACUAUAUUUAGAAUUGCACAGUGACAUGUUAUACUCUUGAAAUCGAGUUAACCACAAGACAAAGUUUAUAAAUUUCCAUGUCAGAAUAUUACCGGUGGUUUAUUGUCAAAAAUUUGUUCACCGUUUUGUUUAUUUUGUGGCAUUCAUUUCAAAUUGUUUUCGUGUGGAAAUACUAAAGCAUUCAACUUUGAAAGUUCCCUUUGAGAGAUUGUGUGUCCUCUGCGGCGCGUUAUCUAAGGGACACAAACGCUAACUUCUGCGGCGUAAAUGGCAUUUUGGGAAAUUUUGUAGGUAUUCUUUGUUAUGUUACGGGGCGAAUUACUUCGUUAACAUCGCAGUUUGCUGGCUGUCUUGAGAUGUUUAAUGUAUUAUGUUUAUACGAAAGAUUAUUCACACAAUGAAAAUUAAUGGAAAUUGGUAACCGUAUUUUUGGUUACCCCGGGUGAUCAACUGUGUGCCUUUAGGUAGUCACACUAAGUGAGCAAGAAGGCCUCAGAGCGUUAAAAAGGUGAGUUACGGUUACUGCACAAUAUGCAGUACGCCUCUGAGACUGAUUUGAAUUGAAUGGGCAACCUUUGUAUGUUUCUCUCUGAUGAGAUCAGAGAGAAAACAGUUCUAAAGCUAGUAAUCUAUUGACAGUUCUGGGAAUUUCACGGUGAAAAAUUAUAAUUUAUGAAAUCAUACAAAAGGAAAUUGGGUUUUUCAGCACUAUAGUUUCAGAGAUGCAAAAUUUUCUUUAGCUGUGGCGAUACGGGACUAAUAUUCAAACCAGGAAAAUUCUUGACUCGUUAAUUUUGUUUUCCUUUAUAUGAAGGACCUCCCACGAUGUAAGCUCACUGCUGAACGCAAUGACCGUUGAUCCGGAAGAAUUUCUCAGUGAUCUGGGAUUUGCCGACACAGAACUGCGUAUGCGUAUUCCAGAAAGAUUUUUUCAGUCGGCCUCCAGUGCGCAAGGAAUCGAUGUGAAUUCAUUUCGAAGAAGUCUUGAGACGGACGAUUUGUAUGGAUCAUCGGUAAGUGAAGAAAAUUUCAUUCAGAUCAAUUUCCAAUCGAAUGUCGAAAGUAUCCCAGGAAUGCGUUGCUUUUGCUUUACUUCGGUCUAUGAUUGGUCCUCAAAAUAAGAACCAUCCUCGCGUCAAAUCAGAAGUAAAAAACCAAUUGCGACCUGUUCAUUCGCUUUUCCCACGCAGGAAAGUUGCGUCAUUCCACAUUGAGUUCUCAUUGGCUGCUUGUAAUAUUUCCUUGGUUCUGAUUGGCUGUUGUGAUCACUUUGACCGAGCAACACUUAAUCAAAAUGCGCUCUAUUGAAUUGGGUUAAUUACUAAUAUCCAGGUGCACGGCAGUCAAUCGCCGUUUUUUUAUUUUUUUCGCAAAUCAACUUCCAAAGCCAACAAGGUUCUUUAGAGUCGCCGCAGGAAAUUCGUAGGAUAUUUACCAGUUUCGUAUGGGUAUGUGUUACACCUGUGAAUCAGUAUUUUAGAAGUUGAUCCGGGACGGGUUAAAAAAAAAAAAAGAGAAAGGUGAAACCAAAAUAUAUAAGAGAUCGAAACUAGAAGUUUUGUCCUUAAUUAAGGUAGUGUUAUUGAAGAGUUCCUUAAUGCUGUUGAACAGCGUAAAUUCUAAAAUUGUGGUGAUAUACACUGCUAGUAUCGUGCAGUGUGCUCUUCUAGUUAGGAUCUUGUACGUUGACAUAUAGAUUUUAAGCUGGUCUAGUUUGUCAGUAGUUCGUCUCUCGAGAAGCGGUUGAGGAUAUUUUGACCGCAGGAAAAGCAGUAGUCUCACUGAUUUUCCAUUUUUCUGUCGUUAUUUAUUUUAUUAUUGUUUUUUUUAUCGAUUUACUGUUAAAGGGAAUAGAAAUAUUGCUGGUAAUGAGGUAAACACCGAGAAAAAGUGAAUGAAUUUGUGCAGGAGAAAUUUCCUACGUAGCUGCUGAUAUUCAGGUUUCGACGUAAGAUUGUGCUUGUUUUUACAUUUGUGAAUAAAUUUCUGCAAAAGGAAUUGCCCAAGUAGACACUAACAUUCAGGUUUUGAAUGUGUAGUUUAUAAUUAUUCUAACUUGCUUUGUCAGGCAUAUCGAUUUUUUUUAUUCUCAAAACUCAUGCAGGCUUAAUCUGGUCCUAAACAUUUCUUGUUCAACUUACUAAAUAUGUAAAUAUUUAGUACGAAAUUACGAAAUGUUUCGGCCAUUUUCCUUUUUGCUUUUUAAAAACGUGCUCGUUUAUAAUUCGACCAGUGUUUGACCAUAGUUUGAAAGUACAGAAGAGUAACCAGGCAACUGAAGCUAUUCUGCGUUAGAUAAUUCAGUUUGAUGAAAUAAAAAAAGACACAAAACAAUUCUGAUUUGUAAUAACAAGGACAAAGGAAGGAAUUCACACAAUUUGCAACGUUCGCUUAAUGUAAAAUUCUCAAGAUGAACAAAAUUGCACAUUUCCAUGCGUAGAUGAGUUUGGUACCUACGGAAAUUCGCUUUUAGACAUUUUGAGUGAGCAAACAGAAUAUUCCCGAACUAAAUUUUUAUGCCUUGGUUUAACCUCAUCAACAUGUUAAUUCGGGUCUCUUGGAAAUGCCAUGCUAGUGUUUGUGCGUGACGGCGUCUACACGUAUUUAUCACAGCGGAUUCAGUUUAACGCGUGAAAAAAUUGGAUCGGAUGCUUGUGCGCGGGUGGCGUAUCAUCGAACGUUAAAUUUGUGAGUGUCUAAUGCACAAAAGUUGAUACCUUAACGGUAUUCAAUUUACCAAAAGACUACAUCUCCUUUGAGCCACAAGAAGCAACGGAUCUUAUUGUUACGUCACUUAGGUUAAGAGAAACCAAUCUCUCAUCAGCUUUUGUUCCCUAUCGUUUUUUUGCAGCCCCAAGAGUCUUCGGUAUGGUCGGACCCAGGCUCCAGCAGGAUCCCCUCCAGGUUUAUCACGUGUCACACGGAGCCAACAAACACGUUGUGCAUGGGGCCCUUUAGCUCUGUGCCCCUUAUCUCUGAGCCUGAAGAAACGUCCGAGGAUUCGUUUGAUCUAAUGAGGCACCUUAGACUCAACAAACCACAACACGUGACAAAGGGUAUGUACCUUGAACCAGUUACAGAAGAACUUGAAGUGUCUUCGGUUGGAAGUGGAACAAUUAGGACGAGAAUUUCUAGAAAACUCUCUAACGAAGAAGGCACGAUCAUUGUACGAGAGGAGUCGUUAGAACAACCGAAUCAGGAUUCGGAACUAGUCUUGAAUGUUCCUUCGGUUAUUGUAAGCGAGAAAACAAGCUUUGAUUCGAACGAGCCCACCGAUACCAAUUAUACUGAAAACAAUCGAGAAGAGGCGGUUAUCAUUGCAAAUUUAAACGUUGAAGAAAGCAAGAGCAUUCCCGCUAGAGAGGGUACAUUUUUAUAUUAUGCAACGAGUUCGUCAAGCAGUGUAGAUGCAGUGAAUUCGAGCCAUCACAGCACAGACAGCGAUAAACUUGCGUCAAUUACGAGUGAUUACAGUGAUAUGGAUGAAUUACCAGGGAACGCAGUCGUGGAUUUUGAUCCAGGGGUAACAGAUGUUUCUCCUCACGUAGCAGUGCCAUGGCACUUGAAAGUUGCAAAUAUUGCUGUACAAGAUUCUUUUGAACUCGAAGAAAUCGGAAAUGAGGAUUUUAACGAAAAAGAAUCGUCAUCGUUUGUAGAUGAAGAAAGCGGAUAUAAUUCCAAGGCAUCAGACAAACGCUUGACAAGAGAAAAUAGCGGGGAAAGUAGUGGCUUUGAAGAAAUGUUUCCCGACAAAGACGCAACAAGUUCAAAUUCUUGUUCGCCUGUUUUGAAUGCGAAGGAAUUUUCCACUAUCGAAUGUACUUUUGUUAGCCAGGUAAGGCCACUGAAAGCUCUUUUGGAUCCUGAAAUGAUUUGCAGAGCAGUGGAAGAAAAAUCGCCCAGAGCGACAUUUGUACAGAGGAGAACUAAAUCUCUGACAAAACAGCGACCAGUUGACGAGGAUAGUUUUGGAUCAUGGAUCUCUAGUUCCAGUUCACCCCUGUUAAAAUAUGUCGCAGGGAGUUUAGGGAGCAGUGUGGGUCAAAAUUACGCGAGUACUUCCUUGGAAUUGGUUCAGAAAGGGUCAGGUGUUCCUUCGCAAAGCACCGAAGAACUUGUGGAUCCUGCUAGGAAAUCUAAGGUAGAAGGGUGUGAUGGUAAAGUGGACGAAAACUGUAACAGAAAAUCAAAAUUUGAUUUGGAACAACGGCCAGUAUCUGCGGUUUCAUCCCCGUUCGAUAAAGAUGGUGAUACUCUCGAUAAGGAUAACAAUGUGGCUGCUGAAAGCAAAGAAAACGAAAAUACAAACCAUGCAAAAUCUAAAUCAAGUUUUGAGAAUGACCCUCACAUUGGGAUUGGACAAUCUGAGGUGGGCCUUUUUGUGUUAGGAACGCCAGACGAGGGCAGUGGCAGUUUUGUAAAGGACAACAAAGUUUCUCCUGAAAGCUUUCAAAACCAAAAGCAUUUUUAUGGGGAAUUGUGUGCGAUUAGUAAGAAUGAACCUGACAUUGCUAUGAGACAAACUACGAUAAGUCCUGUUGUAUCAGGUACAUCAGAAGCAGACGAUACUUGGGAAGAACAGGAUGAUAAAGUGCCAGCUAACAGCUUUGGCAUGGGAGAUCAAGUAAAUGGAGAGUGUUUCUCCAAUGUCCCGAUUAAGACUGACACUGCGAUGAAUAAAUCUAAGGUUGACCCAAUUAUUCGAAAUAAUGUAACAGGUGGAUACCAGAGAAACAUAUCUGACUCAAGCUUAAUUACAGAAGAGUUAGUUUCGCCGCAAAGUUUACGUGAACUUGCAGAUGAUGGUUAUUUUCAUGCCAAGUUACUCCAGACUAACUCAGAUAUCGAAAACGAAGCAGAAACUUGUGUUAGUGUCGCUGCUUGUGGUAACCUUUCAACGUCUUCCCUUGUGGACAACGAAGACGUUAGUGCAUGCGUAGAACAACAACAGAGGAAGGAAUCUCGAAAGGCUUUGAAAAAGGUUGAUUCUGAAUGUCAAAAGGUUAGUCUAAGAUGAUUGUAUGAAUGUAUUUAAUGUUAAACUUGGAAAGUCGAAGUGUAAACCGGGUUGAUAAGUUGUUCUAGAGCCAUGAAGAGCAACAUUUUGUGAUCAGAAGAUUCAAAUGUAAACAUGGAAACUGAAUUAUAAAGGAGGGGGGAAGUUUCUCAUUUUUUUAUGAGCCUUUUAGUACUUUGCAUAGAUUGGUAUAAUGCAGAACCCGUGAAAUCAUUUUAUAGAUCAGUUUUAAUAAGUUUCAUGAUUUAAUAUGUAAGUGGGACUUGAUGGUAAAUGGUUUUUAAAGGUGAAGACAGUCGGUGGAAGAAAAAGAGACAUUUUUCUUUUAAGAAAUGUAAACCUUGACAGACGUUCGUUUAAGGAUUACAUCACAUGUCGAAAAAUCUGUAUGAAGAGGAAAUUGAGAAGUAAAUUUAAUUUUUUUUUACAACAAAACAGUAAUAUCUAUUUAAAUGCAGUGCGAUGUAAGUUUUAUUUAAUUUUUUAGGUUUAAUAUUGUUUGAUUCCCUUUAAUAAAUAUUUUUCGACACCUGCGCUUUGUUUUGUUUGAAAGCUUGUUAUGUAGUUUAGAGAGGAGAGUCUGAAAAGUGGCUCCGAGUUUUAGAGUAUUUAUCGGGGAGACAGUGUUAUUCAGAGGUUUGUUUAGCAGUGAUAUAAGUGGCGUCACUCGUGAGCACUGGUGGUGAGGGUUCUGAAGAACGUUGCAAUUGCAGUUGGAGUGAUCACCACAAAGACCGGCGGUAGUGCUGUUGAUGAUGGGUUUCGUCGUGCAGUUAGUGGUGAUGAUGUUACGGCUGAGUGUGUUUUUUUUUCCUUUUUUGAUUAUGAUGGUGACGAUGAGGUUGUUAUUGGCAACGGUGUAGAUAAUGGUAGUGAUUUUAGCGACGGAAGUGACAACGAGGAUAACAGUAAUUGUGGUGGUGAUGAUGUGUUAGUGAUGACGAUGACGAAAACGAUGACAACGACGAAGACGACGACGACGAAGAUGACGACGAUGAAGAAGACAUUAACGAGACAAUAACAGUUGUACUAACGAAGAGGUUUACGUUGGAGAUUUAAAUGGCGAGGAAGACUGGUGCAACUCUAAUGGAUCGAGGACGACGAUGAAACUGAGGGAAACCACGACGAGGUUACCAACAGCGAUGAGGACGACAACCAUGUUGCGUUUCUGAUUGACAAAGCAUUUCUUGACAGUCCUAACAUACUAAUAUGUUACUUGUUAAUUAGCACACAAGCGGUGAUUUUGACAAUAACUUUAUGUUGGACAAGAAUGAUUAUAAUCCUUCCAGGUGAGAACUAAUACUAUUAACUAAAAUAUUUAUAAUCACGAUAAAGAUCUUAAAAGUAAUGUUACUGAUUUGGACUGUAGUGAUGUGCGUGUGUGCGUUGCAAGGAUCUUUCAGCUGCAAGACAGUUGUGUUUUCUCCCGCGUUUGAUUGCACCUUUACCUACUUUUGUCACAGGUAGUUGUAUGUUUUCCCUCGUUUUACACCAAGUGCAUACUUUUUCUAGUCUUUUCUGUUCCUUCCUUUAUUCCCAGCGUUUAACGCUGCUUACCUAUUCUUCCAUACUCUGCUGAUGUGCUCUGAGCAGGAACUGAAUUUUUGCCUUUGUUCCAAUUAUAAAUAUACUUUCACUCUUCUCUCAAGUUUCUUCCUUGGGUAUCGAUAUUUUAGUUUGGAGCAAUUUUAAAGCUUCUUUGAAUUUAUGUGUUUUGUUCGUCUGUUUUACAUUGUAGCAUUACCUUCAUGAGAUAAACAUUCUAGAGCAGAGCAUUAAAAGGUACGAGUCAAACUUAUCUUCCGAGGGACCACUGGAUAGAGCCAAAGCUGUUGGUGAUACUGAGAGUGUACUAGUGAGGUAGGUUUGUCUGUUCAUUUCUCGUUACCCUUCGCAUAGGGUCUUGUCCAGAGUUUCUUUCAAUUGGUCUCAGAGCAAUUUCCUGUUAUUUCGAAAGUGAUCCGGGAUAGAUUUGGUUUUGCUUUCUUUCGUUUUGUGUUUGGUCCAGAAAACUCGCACCACUUUCGUAACAAAUCAGAUUCAAAGCUAAAACAAAUCGCGACUUGUUCUUUAGCGUUUUCCCGCACUUCCGGUAGUGUGCUUGUUUGUUCUACGAGUUUUCAUUGGCUCCUGGUGAUAUUAUCCAUUUCAUGAUUGGCUGUUGUGAUUGCUAUGAUUUGGUUUCACGACACUCAGUUGAAAAGCGCUCGAUGCAUGUUUACGACGGAAUACGCAAUUUCACCCUAAGUCUUCUCCUUAAGGUGUAGAUUGGUGAGUUCUCAUUGGCUCCUGGUGAUAUUGUCCUUGCUGUGAUUGGCUGUUGGGUUUACUUUUAUUUUGAUUUUACGACACUCAAUCGUUAAAUGCUCUAUGAAUGUUUACGAUGGAAUACGUAAUAUUAUCAAAACACUGAGAUUAAAAGAAUGUCUACUUGGAAACAAGCAGAAAGUGCCUAAGAAUGACGAACAUUUUAGUGCAAACGAGACGAGGCGAUUUUCAGUACAUAGGGUCAUCAUACAUAAGGGCUUUCUACAUAACACGAUUAGAGAUAGACAAAUAUUUGUAUAACUUCAUUUUCAAGUAUUUAAAGCAUUUUCAAAUGUGCUUUCAUUUCUUUCUGAUGUUGUAGGAUCAAAGAAGAAAUGAAUGCUAUUCAGGAUCUGCGUGUGAUGAUUGGUUCAGAACUCGAAAGAAUGAAGUUUCUUCUUUCGGAACGCAGAAGGCUGUUGCUUGCAGGAGUUGCGAAGAGCCCAGUUUGUUUCGGUGUUUCUCAAAGGGUAAGGUUGUGUAUUGACAGCUACACGGUAUGAGAAAAAGGGAAAUGACCACCAACCCACGAAGCUCUGAUUGAUAAACGAAUUCUCCUUGUCAGUACCAGAGAAAAUGUUUAGAGAACAUUAUGGAGAAUACGGAUACUGAUGUUAGGGUGUGAAGAAUUAAGAAAAUAUACCCUCCUGAGGGAACCUGAUUAAAAUCGAUAGGUGCAAUUAUAAUCGGAGUGAGUGGAUAUUUGAUCCCGAAUUUAGCACCGGGCUAUACAGGAUUUAUUUAGGGUUUUAACGGAGGAAGAUUUCCUCUGAAAUUCUUAACGAAUUCUCCGUCACUUUGACACAGGAGUCCAUUGCGAAUUAAAAAAGGAGUGUUUUUUUACCUUCACGUCUGGUAAUGAAACCCUGGUGUGUGGCAAUUUGAAUAAAAGGCCAUCGGCCAGCUCUUACGUAUGGUAUUGUUUAUUAUGCGGUGGUUCUAACUUUUAAGUCUGUGGAUGAAACCCCUCAGAGCUUAUGACCAUUUUAUUGAAAGCUUCUGAACAGUACUUUUACAUGGUGCUUUUUAGGAUAUUGUUCAAAACAAUUGGUCUCGAUUCUGCAAAUCCUUGUGUGUAAUGUCUAAAAGAAAUUGAUUGCACAGUAUUGUCACGUGACACUUGGUAUACCAUCCUGGGGAGGACACUCAACUGUUCGGUCUACGAAUAAAAACCUUAUGAUCAUUGAAAUAGAAUUUCGGAUCCUAUCAGUGACAGCAUUUUAUGCUUUUUCGUUUUUAAGAUGGCAGACCUUCUUCGGGAACAGUCGUCGUUAAAUAUUGGACUUUCGAACAUUAACGAUGAAUUAUCGAUUCGAGAGAAGGCUUCUCGACGGGCCAGGAUAUACGCGCAGAUUGAAAGCAUUAAGAAAGAGUUGAAAGAGGACAGGGAAAAGUGUAUGAAGGAGUUUCGUGAAGAGGUAAGCUCUCUUGUGUUUUUACUCCCUGCGUGUUUAACUUUUACAGCCUGACACAGCAACGGGAAUAUAUGUGAUUUCUUUGUUGUUGAGACAUCGAAGAAGAAGAAGAUCGAUUGCCGUGUGUCUAGCUCAAGAAUUUGCGAAAUAUUCAGAGGAUUCUGAACAAAAUUUCAAACUCAAUUUUUUGUACAGGACGGUCUUCGAUUGACUUUCGUAAGACCAAAACCAGAGUAAUAACUACGGCCAUUCAGAGCGAAGUAAGUCAUUACAUGGAGCCAAUGAGAGCUCAAAUUGAAAACAAGCUUCGAACCAAUGGUAUCCGGUUUUACUUCCGACUCUCAGUUGGAAAUUGCUCUCUUAAAAGCUACUUUCGUUUAAGCCAUCGCCAAACUUGUUUAUUUAUUCUUAUCACUGCAUUACAAUUCAUACCACUGUAUUCGGUUUUGUGAAUAUGAUGUGCGUCAAUACAAACAGUGUAAAAGCCCGCAAGGAAAGAAGAGAUGAAUCGAUGAAAGCCGACCUUUGUAUUUUUGAUAGAUAAAGGAAGGCCUCGUCCGCGAGUUGAGUGAAAAGUUUUCAACGGAGGUUGAGUUGCUUCGUCAAGAAGUUCGGGUAAGCAUUGUUCCCAAUGAGAAUUCAAUGACAAAUUUAAGAUAAUGCUGUUUUCUUAAGGUGGCUGCAGCGAUGUUUUAUUAACUCAUUACAAAUCGUUUUAUCUGUUCUGCUUUGUUGUUAGUCCAAAGACGCUGUGAUCAAGCAGUUGAUGAAGAAUCAUGAACAAGCAGAUCUAAAUCAAAAUCUUGAUCAUCUGGAGCAGAGUUGAAGUCUAGAGGGAGGGUAGAUUGAGGGAAGUUUUGUAAGCAGUUUCCUUUUUCAGACAUCUCGUUUCAUGUGCUGUGCAGUAUCGGCAGUAUCGCUGACACCGGGAAACCGUGAAGUCGCUUAUGGGAAAGAUCUCGCGGCGAUGUGUUUGGUAAAUUCAUUUUUGAUGGUUUCACGAUCUUGAGCAUUGUUGAGUUCCGUGUUUCUUCCCAUUAAUACACUCAGAUUUGUUGUUUUAGUGUUUUGUAAUGGACAGUCCUUCGCGACAGUGCGUUUUCUUAGGAAUUGUUUUCCGAUUAUAUUUUGUGGUGGAAUUUUACUUGUGGCAGGCCACAAUAAUCCCGAAUGAAAUUAUCCAUCAUAUUCAUUCAUCCAAAGCUGUAAGUCUACAUUCCAGUUUAGGAUGUGUGACAUAUAUCAACAACUGUUUGGUUGUAAACUAAUUGUAAAUGUGAGUGUAAUAUUUUGAAAAGGCGCGUAUUGCCUUAAUCAAUUAUAAAUGCUUUAAUAUACAUUCAAGACGUCCAUAGAGCUGCUUAUCUGUUUGCGAUAGUAGUCAUCUUUUUUUGGAGCUUUGUCUUCUUUUCCUUCUAAGUAUGAGCUCAUUAAGAUCAGUUAUUGCGAGUUUUAUUGGAUCCAUCCUCAACCUUCUUUCAUCUAUAAAACAAAACAGCGGAAGUCUAGUUCCCACGUCUUCCCAACUGAAAGUGGACGGGGAAAACAGGGAAUGACUACAAUACUGUCUCAGCAAUUCCACACAACUUAUUCCCAUUCAUGGUAUAAUUUUAAUAGUGCUCGUGUCAGAUAAUCAGCUACAAGUGAGUGAGAGUCUUUUGGAAUAUGUAAAUCUUGAAACAGAAGAGAGCCUCGUGAGAAUAUAGCUCAUUUUUCUUUAAUUGUUUUUCGUUCGUUGAGUUGAAAUUUAAAACAAUUUUCUUUUAUAAUUUAAGGUGCAAAAAAUUAUACUUCUGUAGUGAAAUCAGAAGCAUAGUCAAUAACGUGAACGAUUCGAUCUUCCAUGAAUUAUAUAGCUGUAUAGAAUAAUUAUAUUCUUCCAGCGACGAAACAGGGUAAUAAGAUGAAAAAGAUUGCCUUUUUUCAGCCGUGAAAUCUUUAUAUUGAAAAAAAAAAACUGUGAAAAUGCAUUAGGUUGAUUUCCACGUAGUUUUCAUAGUUAUAUGUACUUGUAAUGUUAAAUGAAAUCAACACCAAUCGGUACCCAGCAUAGUCAAAUAUCUAAAGAAGAUUACGUUUACUGGACCAGAACCAUCUUCCUU